AUGGGCGCCCCCUUAUCUCACAAACCUAGAAGGUAUUGGCAGCGAACAUCUUCGGUGGAAAGAGGGAGGUAUCCGGGGAGAUUGGUACAUUCUGGAGAUCAAAAAGUUCUUAGCACCACCAGACCGAGAUACGGCAAGGUUGGGCUAGAUCUCGAAGUUGAAUGCGAUACAAACCCAACUUUGCAGUGUAUCAAUGGGCCCAACGAAGAGCCAGACAUCCUCAAAGCUGUAAAGACAAUGAUUGGUAAUGGCCGUGGCUACAUACUCUCGUUCAACACAUUUGCGACUUUUAGCAAAGAAUGGGCAAGACCGGGCUUAAUCAUCGAAACAGCUGGCACGGCAUCAUAUCAUGGCAUGGACCUUGCGGUAAAUUUUGCUGCCGUUAUUGGAUUUCCUGGUGAACAUCAUGAGGAGAAAGUGACGUUGUUACUUCGACACGGUAAUCUCAACGUUGACAGCGACCUCCCCAAUCGGCUGCGAUACCAGUGGUCCUGCGAGGAAAAUUCUAACAGGCCCACAGACCUGUCUUAA